AUGAAAGAUUUUAGCGGACGUCAGAGAUCAGCACCAAGAGCUUUCUCUAGAUAUGACAGAUGUUGCCACCUUCGAGACAAACUUGUGAGUAUCAUAUUUCAACCAUAUGGACAAAAAAGAAGAAGAAGAAGCGAAAGCGAAUUGCAGCAGGCAGUGAAGUGAUCACUGCCAGACCCAGCAAAGGCACCUUCCAAGACUCAAGUGAUGAAGACAAGGACGAUCAGAUCUCUCUACAUGAUGAGUCUGAAGGUAGCGAUUUCGUGGGCCAGAUUUCGUUAGAAGAAGAAGAUGACGAGGAGGAACUAUUUCUUGAUUUUUCGCCUGAAUUUUCUGUAGGACACUGGGUUCUGGUGGCUUUCAAAAGCCAAAAUCGGGACAGAAAUGACAUUUUAUAUAUAGGCCACGUGACUUUCUCUCACUGAAAGUGAUACCCAGGUCAAGUUCCUAAGGAAAAAAACAAAGUGCUGUGUUUUUUCUCAGGUGGAAGAUAUAUCCCUUGUGA